AUUUUAUGGUGACGUUUGUUGACCUCUCUCACUCUCCUUUGUCAUUCAAUCUUGACACUCGACAGCAUCUAGACAGUGGUAGUGAGGCAUCUACUGUCCUUAUAAACAGAGAAGAGAAGUCCUCUGCUUGGUGAGUGCUCAAUCUCGUGGGGGGUCCAGAAACAUUGUGUCAUAGGUGCCUGAGUUGAAAGGCUUUGAGUCCAAUGUCUGGGCGAAAAGAUUGAGGACUUAGGGGGGAAGGGGAGAGAGGAAAAAGUUGAGAACGAGAUCAUGUCAUUGGACUAUGAGGACGAUCUAACGUCUUCAUCCUCUUGUGUCUCUACCUCGAACACUCCGUCUCCCUGACCUCGAGACAGCUCACUGACGCUCUUCAUAUCCGCACAAAGCGCUCAUUUUGAACCUGAGCACCGGCCGUCAUUCCUUCAUUCAGAGCUGAACCUAUCUCACACAUUCCAUUCUUAUCACCCUCCUCGCCACCAUGUCGUCGUCUAUCCCCUCCGGAUCGUCUCUGGUAGAUCCUUCCGUCGCCUAUACUUUACUAGAGAAGCUCGGAACAGGCAGCUUUGGCACAGUGUGGAAAGCGAAACACAAUGAUACGGGAAAGAUUGUUGCGAUAAAGAUGAUCGACCUCGAAUCGUCAGACGAUGACAUUUCAGAAAUCCAAGCAGAGAUUGCCCACCUUUCAGCUUGCGAUUCGGAAUUUGUGACGAGGUAUUAUGGGAGUUUUGUGCGAGGUUGGAGACUUUGGAUCGUCAUGGAAUACCUUGCCGGAGGAAGCUGUUCGGACCUCCUAAAACCUGGCGUCUUUACCGAAGGUCAGAUCGCCAUCAUCUGUCGGGAACUCCUGAUGGGGUUGCUGUACCUACAUGAAGAGGGAAAAAUUCACAGAGAUAUCAAAGCUGCAAACAUUCUCUUAUCGGCCAAUGGAGCCGUCAAGCUAGCCGACUUUGGAGUCGCUGCCCAGCUUUCUUCACACAAAUCCCAACGGCACACCUUUGUCGGAACUCCCUUUUGGAUGGCUCCGGAAGUCAUCCGUCAAGCAGGUUACGAUUCAAGGGCAGACAUUUGGUCACUGGGUAUCACCGCCAUGGAGAUGGCCAAAGGUGAUCCUCCCCUGGUCGAGUACCAUCCCAUGCGAGUCCUUUUCCUCAUCCCAAAAGCAAAAGCUCCGAGACUGGACGAGAAUGAAGGGUGGUCAGCAGAGUUUCAAGACUUUAUCAGCUGUUGUCUGCAGAAAGAUCCCAAGGACAGGGCAACUGCAAAAGACCUUUUGCAACACAAGUUCAUCCGCUCUGCUCGGUCAACAUCUCGACUGGUGGAGCUCGUGACGCGGUACAAUGCUUUCCGGGUCCAAAGCCCUGCCAAGAAAUCGACACCAUCCAAAACGUUGUCAAAGCAGGCCGGUGGCGGAGACUACGGUACUAUCACCCCCGGGACGAUCAAGAGUGAAUGGAAUUUCGAUGAGACUAUACGUAUGACCGUCAGAGGCGCGCCGGUCGAGCUGGAUUUGACGUCCAUGUCGGAUGAUGACGAUGAGUGGGAUCUGGCAGAAGGGUCUGGAACAGCGAGAGUCAAGGGGACUGUCAGGGCGAAUUCAAGAGCGACAUCGGAAGUAUCUUUACCCGGCUUAGACGCUUCUUCACAGACUCACAGUGUCGACUCACUCCCCAUCACACCUGGUUCCAGUGAUUCCGAAGAUGCAAGCUCGACGAAGAGCGGUACGCCUGGAAAAUCGACCUGGAGACAGCGCAACGACCGAGAGAGGGGUACGGUCAUGCGGAUGGAUGACGUUGGUGAUGGCUACUCGACCGUUCGACCUGUAAAGAAGGUUGAUGAGAUUGCGUCGAGUCGCGCAUCCCAAGAGUUCAUCGGUACUGGAUCAGUGAGAAGAAUUCCAGAUGCUGGACCAUCCGCAAAGGUCACCACGGCAAAGAGCCCCGCCAAGCCGCGCAAAACGCUCAAUGCCAAGGGUCGUGCAGGCCAGGUUUUGGUAGAGGAAGUGGUUCUUGGAGUUCUCGAUCAGGUACGUGGCCUAGGGACUCGUGACAUUAACAAGGCCUAUCAGGUAUCCACUGUCAAUCACGAUGCCUCUGCUGUGGAGGCUGUGAACACGGUCCGUAAAGGAUUUGCGGAUCUCGGUACAGCGGAUCCAGAAUUGGCUUAUAGGGUAAUCAUGGACAUACUCGGCGGCAUCCAAUCGAGCGAGACAGUUCACGCUCAGAUACGUGAUAUGACCAUGGCUGCGAUGGUCGACCGUUCAAGACCAGGAGUGGCGCCACACAUCCGCCGAGAGGGAGGUGCCGACAAGCCCUCGGGCGUAGAGCUUAAUGACCUACGGGGCAAGAGACCCUCUGACGAUCUCAUCAAGGACAGAAGCCCGCUCGCGGACAUGCUGUACCUACGCUGGCUGGAUGGGAUCAAGCUGAAAUGGCCAGGAUCAUAGGUCCUCCCGCCUGCCCGAGAUAAUGAACUUUUACGAUACUCUCACGAAACGGCGUCGUUUUUUCCCUCGCAUAGCACCCGAGCAUGUCUCACAUAAUUGCGAUCCUGUCCUUGUUGCCAUCUAUCUCAUUUCCGCUGUCUUCGUGAUGCAUGAUGAUGUGUGCCCC